UUAGAAAGAUGAGGGUUUUUACCACUGAGAUAUGCAAACAAAUAGCCGCUCUGCUUAAUGUCAGUUAUAGGUGACAGAAUUAGAUCCUUCUUUCUCAAGAUGAGAUUCAGAUGAGUCAUUUGUAACAUUAGGCUCGUUUAGUUUUAAUGGAAAUGAUUUUUCUUCCCAAAGAAAGUAAAUUCUAAUAAAGAACUUAUUGGAAAAAUUGUCUCAAAUUGCAAUCAUCUUCCAAACAUAACCUCCUUUUUCAUUUUCUGUGACUAACCCUACCAACAGUUGCCCACAUUUCUGCAGUGGGAAUGGAUGAGAUGUAUCUCUUCCUAUAGCAGUGUAUAGUGGAUGUAGGCUUACCAAUGCCUUCUAAAUUUAGGGCCACAGAUAGAAAUGUCGACAGCCACAGCAUUUACCUGGGACCCGAAGCUAGCUACCUCCCGGUAAAUAUUGCUGAGCCAAGCUAAACAAAAGGGGAACAUUUUUGCAUGUUGUCGACCUUCCCCAACUUCAUCUCCCCUAACCAAAUUUCAGCUGUUCUUCAAUUCCUAGCUCUGAGCCCUGUUUCUCUCCUGAAGCUACUGCUGUGGAGUUCUCUCUUUUCUGAAUUGCAGUCACCUCAGUAAUCUGUGUGGUUUAGAUACUGACCAGUCCUUAUGGCUUUGUGUGUGAGUUCUGUGUCCUGAGGAGACUAUAAUCUUGAAGAUAGUGUGUUUUAAUUCAUAGAAUCGUGAAAUGUUAUCAUUUUACAGAUGAGGAAAUUGGACCCAGAGAAGUGAAGUAACUUGCCUAAGGUCACACAGCUGAAUUCAGAGGGCACAUAGCUGCAUUGGGCAUUUAAAAGGAUUCAGAGGGAGAUGGAAGGAGCCCUCACGGCUGCUAAUGCAAAGGGAGCAGCCAUGUCACCAUUUCUUCGAAUUGGUUUGUCCAACUUUGACUGUGGGUCCUGUCAGCCAUGUCAGGGAGAAACUGUUAACCCUUACUGUGCUGUACUUGUCAAGGAAUAUGUUGAAUCAGAGAAUGGGCAGAUGUAUGUUCAGAAAAAGCCAACCAUGUACCCACCCUGGGACAGCACUUUUGACGCCCAUAUAAACAAGGGGAGAGUAAUGCAAAUCAUUGUGAAGGGCAAAAAUGUGGACCUAAUAUCUGAAACUACAGUAGAGCUCUACUCCCUGGCCGAGAGAUGCAGGAAGAACAAUGGGAAGACAGAAAUAUGGUUAGAACUGAAACCUCAAGGCCGAAUGCUAAUGAACGCAAGAUACUUUCUGGAAAUGAGUGACACAAGGGAUAUGAGUGAAUUUGAGACUGAAGGCUUCUUUGCUUUGCAUCACCGCCGAGGAGCCAUCAAACAGGCCAAAGUCCAUCACGUCAAGUGUCAUGAGUUCACCGCCACCUUUUUCCCACAACCCACUUUUUGCUCCGUUUGCCAUGAGUUUGUCUGGGGUCUGAACAAACAGGGCUACCAGUGCCAACAAUGUAAUGCAGCAAUUCACAAGAAGUGUAUUGAUAAAGUUAUAGCUAAAUGCACAGGAUCAGCUGUCAACAGUCGAGAAACCAUGUUCCACAAGGAGCGGUUCAAAAUUGACAUGCCGCACCGAUUUAAAGUCUACAAUUACAAGAGCCCAACUUUCUGUGAGCACUGUGGGACGCUGUUGUGGGGAUUGGCAAGACAAGGACUGAAGUGUGAUGCAUGUGGCAUGAAUGUACAUCACAGAUGCCAGACAAAGGUGGCCAACCUUUGUGGCAUAAACCAGAAGCUAAUGGCUGAAGCCCUGGCAAUGAUUGAGAGCACUCAACAGGCUCGCUGCUUAAGAGACACUGAGCACAUCUGCAGAGAAGGUCCAGUUGAAAUUGGUCUCCCACGCUCCAUGAAAGAGGAAACAAAGCUGCCAUACUUACCGACACCAGGGAAAAGAGAGCCUCAAGGAAUCUCCUGGGAGUCUCCAAUGGAUGGGAUGGAUAAAACAUGCCAUCUUCCAGAACCUGAAAUGAACAUAGAAAGACCGUCUCUACGUAUAAAAUUGAAAAUUGAGGAUUUUAUUUUGCACAAAAUGUUGGGGAAAGGAAGUUUUGGCAAGGUCUUCCUAGCAGAGUUCAAGAAAACCAAUCAGUUUUUUGCAAUAAAAGCCUUAAAGAAAGAUGUGGUCUUGAUGGAUGACGAUGUGGAGUGUACAAUGGUAGAGAAGAGAGUCCUCUCGUUGGCCUGGGAGCAUCCGUUUUUAACACACAUGUUUUGUACAUUCCAGACCAAGGAAAACCUUUUUUUUGUGAUGGAGUAUCUCAACGGAGGAGACUUAAUGUACCACAUCCAAAUCUGCCACAAGUUUGAUCUUUGCAGAGCGACGUUUUAUGCUGCUGAAAUUAUUCUUGGUCUGCAGUUCCUUCAUUCCAAAGGAAUUGUCUACAGAGACCUGAAGUUAGAUAAUAUCCUGUUAGACAAAGACGGACAUAUCAAAAUAGCAGACUUCGGAAUGUGCAAGGAGAACAUGUUAGGAGAUGCAAGGACAAACACUUUCUGCGGAACUCCUGACUACAUCGCCCCAGAGAUCUUGCUGGGUCAGAAAUACAACCAUUCUGUUGACUGGUGGUCCUUUGGUGUCCUCCUCUAUGAAAUGCUCAUUGGUCAGUCACCUUUCCAUGGGCAAGAUGAAGAAGAGCUCUUCCACUCCAUCCGCAUGGACAAUCCCUUCUACCCAAGAUGGCUUGAGAAGGAAGCCAAAGACCUUUUAGUGAAGCUGUUUGUGAGAGAACCUGAAAAGAGGUUGGGAGUGAGGGGAGACAUCCGCCAGCAUCCUUUGUUUCGGGAGAUCAAUUGGGAAGAACUUGAAAGAAAGGAGAUAGAACCACCUUUCAAGCCUAAAGUGAAAUCACCGUAUGACUGCAGCAAUUUCGACAAAGAAUUCCUGAACGAGAAACCCAGGCUGUCAUUCGCUGACAGAGCACUCAUCAACAGUAUGGACCAGAACAUGUUCAGAAACUUUUCUUUCAUUAACCCAGGGAUGGAGAGGCUGAUAUCCUGAAUCCUUCCUCUCCAGAGACACGAAGGAACUUGCCUUUUCUCUGUGAAUUGGUUCAGGCGACACUUCCUGGGUUCCUUUUUCAACUUGGAAAAGAAAAGAAACACUCAUCAAUAAAGGCUGAGACCUUUUAGCUCCUCACGUGACUAUCUGUAGCAGAAACUGACUCCACUAAUGAUGAAACCCUUUGGUUUAGUUCCUGCCAUCUUUUCAAGGUUGCUCUUGAAGUUAGGUCAUUGGCCGUGCUGUUCAAAUCUGACACCGCACACCCCAACCCAUGGUAACUUACUUGAAAGAUGGUUCUCCGCACUGUGAAAGAUUUGAACACUUAAUACUGCUCUCAAUCCCUGAUCAAUGUGCUGAUCAUUGAAAGGCUUGAUGAAGCAAGGUGCAAACUGAGUGGAAACUUCUCAAGACUCAAACAGCACAUUUCCCAUGUAAUAGUGGAUUUCGUUCAGCUGCAGUUAAGUAACCACUAACCCGUUCUGUGCAUAUCUGUGGACGUGUGUAAAUGGCGGGGGGUGGGAGGGGGGUGGGCCUGAAUAGUUACAAGGUUUUCUUGGGCAUUCUUCACAAUAAACAUAGCUUGGACAUUGAGAUUUACAAACCCAUUCAUUUUGAUUGGCAGUGAUCUUCACAGGAAAGAGAAAAGUGGUAAAUGGGAAGAGUUCAUGUCAGUAAUACAGGAGGUUUAAUAGAACACCCACUCUGGUUAUCUUGUCAACAUGGAAAUUAAUUUUAGGGUCCACCAAAGAUAGUGUCAUUUUACUCCCACCAAUAAAACCUUUCCAUCCGUCCAUUUUUAGUUUUCUGUUGUCGGUGGCAGUCCCUUAUUAUCAUCCUCACAUUAUAACAAGAAAAGAAAUGAAGUGAAUAAUUCUUCAAAGAGAAAAGAAAACCAAUCCCUUAUUA